AUGGCUCAGAUAAACUGCUCCCAGGCAACAGAGUUCAUUCUUGUGGGCCUCACAGAUCGCGAGGAGUUAAAGAUGCCCCUGUUUGGGGUAUUCUUAUUCAUCUAUCUUUUCACAACAUUUGGCAACCUGGGUUUGAUCCUGGUCAUUAGAACAGACGCAAGACUCCACACACCCAUGUACUUCUUCCUCAGCAACCUGGCUUUUGUUGAUUUCUGCUACUCAUCUGUCAUUACACCCAAGAUGCUUGGCAAUUUCUUGUACAAACAAAAUGUGAUAUCCUUCAAUGCAUGUGCUGCCCAGUUAGGCUGUUUCCUAGCCUUCAUGACAGCUGAAUGCUUGCUCCUGGCUUCCAUGGCCUAUGACAGGUAUGUGGCCAUUUGUAACCCUCUGCUCUAUAUGGUCCUAAUGUCCCCAGGAAUCUGUUUUCAGCUUGUAGCUGCCCCCUAUCUCUACAGCUUCUUGGUAGCACUGUUUCAUGCCACCCUCACCUUUCGCCUCUGCUAUUGUCACUCAAAUACCAUCAAUCAUUUCUACUGUGAUGACAUGCCUCUCCUCAGGCUAACUUGCUCAGACACUCACUCCAAACAGCUAUGGAUCUUUGUCUGCGCUGGCAUCAUGUUCAUUUCCUCUCUUCUCAUUGUGUUUAUUUCCUACACAUUCAUUAUUUCUGCCAUCCUAAGAAUGCGUUCCGCUGAAGGUAGACGCAAGGCUUUCUCGACAUGUGGUUCCCACAUGCUGGCAGUGACCAUUUUCUAUGGAACCCUCAUUUUUAUGUACUUGCAGCCCAGUUCUAACCACUCUCUAGACACAGACAAAAUGGCUUCUGUCUUCUACACAGUGAUCAUCCCCAUGUUGAACCCCUUGAUCUACAGCUUAAGGAACAAGGAAGUGAAGGAUGCUUUGAAGAAAUUAAUUAUCAGUAGAAACCAAAUGUUUAUGUCAUGA